AUGGUUAAGAUACUUAAAUGCUCAGGUUGUGAUCAAGAAAUAAGAACUGAUAAAACCCGAGAUCUUAAUAAACACAUGAAUUUAAAUGAAAACCUUCGAAAGGGUCAAUGUCAACCAGCAUUGCGAUUAAUGCAAAACCCAGUUCCACCAGCCCAGCUAAGAGAAGAAAAUGUGUCGGCUGUUGACCCAGGGAUAGAAUCUACCACAAAACAAAAUAAAACUAUUUUAAUUUAUAAAAAUAUAGCAAAUGCAGAUAAUAAUGAAACAAGUAUAAAAGCAUACAUAAGAAUUAGCGAUGAGUCUGAAGCUAUUUCAAAAAAAACUAAAGCACCCAGAAAAAGUGAGAAAAUAAGUGAACAGGAGAAGGCUUGGAUAGAUUUAGCGUCAACAGGUGCUCUAAUAUUUGCAGAAAAAUAUGAAGGAGAAGCUAUUCAAUAUGAUUUUCAUACUAUAGAUGUAUCUUUAGUAGAAAAAUGGACUAAAUUUCCAUAUGGAAUUUAUAAAGCAACAAUAGAAGGAAAUCCGUCAAAGAAAAGUCUUCAAUGUACAAGAUAUUUGCGAUAUAACCCACAUGGGAUUUACACGCAUUAUGAUUUAGAGAGUGCUAAAAGAAAUGGCUUAAAAGUAUAUUUGAUAAAUGAAUCACCAAAUGUACUUAUUUAUGAAAGAAAUGUACGUAUAACAGGAAAAGACAUGUUUGGAAAAUGGGGUAAUAUACUAUACAAUAUUAAGAAAGAAGGCGGAACAGCAGGAAAAGUAAGUAAAGCAUUAUUAGUUUCAUUAUGGGGAGCAUUAUGCGAACAAAGAAAUGGUCAAAAUUAUGGAGCUUAUUCAAGAAUUAAACCAUUUCUAUUAGUAUCAGCCAGAAAAAAAAUAUCAGAAAUUGUGAGACCAUUAGGUGAUCAAGUAAAGUGCAUUCAUACGGACGGAUUUAUAGUAGCAGGACAAGUAAAUCUCAAAACAGGUAUAGAAAUGGGUGAGCUAAAAUUCGAGAAAAGAGGAGUUUGCAUUAUAAAAAAUUGUAUAUCUGUUACAUGGAAACCACCUUACCCAGAAAUUUUAAAUUUGAUUACAAAUAGUUUACCGGAUUUUGAAAAAAUACAAGAUAAAGAGCAGAAUACAAAGUUAGAUACAGAGUAUCCUGCUUCACAAACAUAUCAAGGUAAAAAGGAGCUACUUACUAGUGUAGAAGAUUUAUAUAAUCUUUAUUAUGAACUAUCCAAAAAAGAACGACCUAUGACUGAAACAGAAAUUGAGGAAGCUGUUAAGGAUGUGCUUUUAGAUAAGUAG